AAACUAGAAGACUGUUUUUACACAGGAGAGGUGGAAUCUGCGCCCAACACAUCGUUUGUUGCGGUGGACACUUGCUCAGGCCUUAGAGGUGCAAUAUACUAUCAAAAUACCACCUUCGUGAUUCUUCCGCUUCCUUGUCCGUCCUGUGACCCACAGACAGCACCACACAUUGUCCUUCGAUGGUCAUCAUCUGCAAUUGCUCAGAAUGCAUCAAUGCACACCUUCUGGAAGCCGGUCGACCUGAUGGCGAUGAUGCAGGCGACAGUGGAUCAACGUCUAGGCGAUCUGUCCAGUGUUGUGCACAUAAUUUGGUUGGAAUUCAUUGUGGAUGAGAAGUUGAUUAGAUUGGCUACUCUUUACGUGGAAAGGAAUCGCAGCACCUUUGAAAUGUACCUUCAAGUCGUACAGACUAGACAGGGCAGUUGUGAAGCAUUUUUAAAGAGGUUCAGCUACGCGGAUCUUCUAUCCACCACCAACAAGAAGGCAACAAUGGAUGCGCCCACAUCAAACUACUCAUAA